GGAGAAUUUUUCUAGAGAGAGUUUUUCAAAAGUUUUUAAAACAAUUUCGGUAAACCAAUGGCUAAUCUUUUAUAUCCGGUUGUUCUAACGUAUCCGGUUUAAUUUUGCUCAAUUAAUGGCGCCAACCCAACCAACACUCGCUUAAAGCGGCGAUUGAAGAAAACCUGCCUUCAGUCGCGACGACGGGUCAUGGAGACGUCGACGCUACCGUUAUCGUCUUCGACUAGAGGAAAGCUGAUAUCCGCCGGUUACACUUCUCUCUCUUCGAUUUCAUCCGUCUCUUCAACCGAUCUCGCUCGAGAUGUAAAUAUCACAGAGGCUGAAGCAUUUGAGAUUCUGAAGAUGGCAAAUCAUCAAGUCACUGGUUCCUCCACUUCUCUUAUAAAUGGAGCAAGGAAUGCUUGGGAUAUGCUUCACGAGGAGGAAGCUUUGCCUCGCAUUACUACAUCUUGUUCUGAUCUUGAUAAGAUCCUGGGUGGUGGAAUAAGCUGUAGGGAUGUUACAGAGAUUGGUGGAGUGCCUGGUAUUGGCAAGACUCAGAUUGGGAUCCAGCUCUCUGUGAAUGUUCAGAUUCCGAGUGAGUUUGGUGGUCUUGGAGGGAAAGCUAUAUAUAUAGAUACGGAAGGUAGCUUCAUGGUGGAGCGUGCUUUACAGAUAGCAGAAGCUUGUGUGGAGGACAUGGAAGAAUACACUGGAUACAUCCACAAACAUUAUAAAGCUAAUCAAGUGCAAUUGAAACCUAAAGACAUCCUGGAGAACAUUUUCUACUUCCGUGUCUGCAGUUACACCGAGCAAAUCGCAUUGGUUAAUCAUCUUGACAAGUUCAUCUCUGAAAACAAAGAUGUUAAAGUGGUGAUCGUAGACAGUAUCACGUUUCAUUUCCGUCAGGACUUUGAUGACUUGGCUCAGAGGACACGAGUGCUCAGCGAAAUGGCUUUGAAGUUUAUGAAGCUUGCCAAAAAGUUCUCACUUGCUGUUGUGUUGUUAAACCAGGUGACCACAAAGUACACCGAAGGCUCGUUUCAGUUAGCUCUUGCGUUAGGCGAUAGCUGGUCUCAUUCCUGCACCAACCGAGUGAUUCUGUAUUGGAACGGUGAUGAGCGUUAUGCGUAUAUCGACAAGUCCCCUUCACUUCCUUCAGCUUCCGCUUCAUACACUGUAACUAGCAGAGGUUUAAGAAACUCCUCAUCAAGCAGCAAGCGUGUCAAGAUGAUGUAAAGACACAACACAACCUAAACACUAGCACAUUUCUACAGUUAAAUUUGCUGCGUGUCAAGAUGAUCUAAAGACACAACACAAGCACAUGAGUAAGCUUUCUACGGUUUAGUUUUGAUUUGGAUUGAAGAGACUGUUUUGUCCGGUCAAUAUCUAAACCGGUACAAGAGUUGGUGGAUUAGUGACUAAUAAUAAUAUCUAUCUUAUUAAAGUAGAAGUACUUUAAGCUUUUGUUUGGUAAUAGGGAUAUCUUUAAAAAAAAAUUGUUUGGUAACAAAGAUAAUAGAGAAUUUUGUCUUU